AUGGCAGUAAUAUCGGACCGCGACCCGCUAUCCUCAGUGCUCUCUCCCCCCGCCGGCCCUCCACCCGCGCCCCCAUCAGGCACCCACUUCUCUCGUCCACUUCAGGUUUCAUCCAGCGGCGCUCCGACACUCACUCCUCCAGCAGUCCUUGCCCCCUUCGCCCUGCCUCCCCCCGGUCUCCGCGGCGCUCCCUACCCAGCCUUCGUCAGUAGUCUCGGCUGUGGGGUGUCCAGCGCCCUACAGAGCUACGGCCUGCUGGCUCUGGACAGUGUGCCUUGGAGCAUGCUGAGUAGCGCUCCCCUGAACCGGCUGCUGCUGACUCCCGGGGGCCGCCUCAGCAGACCCAAGAAGCGGUACAUCUGCAAGUACUGCCAGCGGGAGUUCACCAAGAGCUACAACCUGCUGAUCCACGAGCGGACCCACACGGACGAGCGGCCCUUCCCCUGCGACAUCUGCGGCAAGGCCUUCAGGAGGCAGGACCACCUCCGCGACCACAAGUACAUCCACAGCAAGGAGAAGCCCUUCAAGUGCGAGGCGUGCGGCAAGGGAUUCUGCCAGGCGCGCACCCUCGCCGUGCACGAGAGCACCCACAGCGACACGGAACGACAGGAGGCAACCACAACCCACAAUACGACCCCACAACCCACCCACGCCAACAGACACGCCACCCACAGCCUGGCACCACCCCUACAGAAGCCCACCGCCCACCGAGCCACUGACAAUCCCCUGCAGUCACCACCUUCUCAAACAUCAACUUUGAACUCCUUGUCUCUCCUCCAGGCAACGCCCUCACCCCGCCAUGCACCCCCACCAGCUCCCUCACCCCCAUCAACACCACCAACCCAAGCCGCCCCAUCCCCCUCAUCACCUAAACCAGUGCCCUCCCCACAGACACCACCCUCACCACCACGGCCCCGUCAGAACAAACCUUCUUCAGUGCCUCCCACAGCGCCGCCCACACCACGCCGCGGCUUCACCAUUCAAGACCUGAUGAGUUAGCGAGACCAC